GCAUCGCGUCUCGGGGGAGGAGUCUGUACCCUCGUGAUGUCCCCGCCCCGGUUCCCAGGCAAGUUUAGGGAAGUGAAAGGCGCCAGGUGCCAGUCCUGGCCUCUGUUGUAACCCAGCGCCCCGCAGUCCCGACACAGAUUCCUGGAUCUCAGCCCCAUAGCAGCGAUGAUCCCGCUGCUGCUGGCAGCGCUGCUGUGCGUCCCCGCCGGGGCCUUGACCUGCUACGGGGACUCCGGGCAGCCUGUAGACUGGUUCGUGGUCUACAAGCUGCCAGCUCUUAGAGGGUCCGGGGAGGCGGCGCAGAGAGGGCUGCAGUACAAGUAUCUGGACGAGAGCUCCGGAGGCUGGCGGGACGGCAGGGGACUCAUCAACAGCCCGGAGGGGGCCGUGGGCCGAAGCCUGCAGCCGCUGUACCGGAGCAACACCAGCCAGCUCGCCUUCCUGCUCUACAAUGACCAACCGCCUCAACCCAGCAAGGCUCAGGACUCUUCCAUGCGUGGGCACACGAAGGACAAGGUCUCACGCAGUCACCUAGGCUGGAGUGCAGUAUCACAGCUCACUGCAGCGUUGACCUCCCAGGGCUCAGGUGUCCUGCUCCUUGACCACGAUGGGGGCUUCUGGCUGGUCCACAGUGUACCUAACUUCCCUCCACCGGCCUCCUCUGCUGCAUACAGCUGGCCUCAUAGCGCCUGUACCUAUGGGCAGACCCUGCUCUGUGUGUCUUUUCCCUUCGCUCAGUUCUCGAAGAUUGGCAAGCAGCUGACCUACACCUACCCCUGGGUCUAUAACUACCAGCUGGAAGGGAUCUUUGCCCAGGAAUUCCCCGACUUGGAGAAUGUGGUCAAGGGCCACCACGUUAGCCAAGAACCCUGGAACAGCAGCAUCACACUCACAUCCCAGGCCGGGGCUGUUUUCCAGAGCUUUGCCAAGUUCAGCAAAUUUGGAGAUGACCUGUACUCCGGCUGGUUGGCAGCAGCCCUUGGUACCAACCUGCAGGUCCAGUUCUGGCACAAAACUGUAGGUAUCCUGCCCUCUAACUGCUCGGCUAUCUGGCAGGUUCUGAAUGUGAACCAGAUAGCUUUCCCUGGACCAGCCGGCCCAAGCUUCAACAGCACAGAGGACCACUCCAAAUGGUGCGUGUCCCCAGAAGGGCCCUGGACCUGCGUGGGUGACAUGAAUCGGAACCAGGGAGAGGAGCAACGGGGUGGGGGCACACUGUGUGCCCAGCUGCCAGCCCUCUGGAAAGCCUUCCAGCCGCUGGUGGAGAACUACCAGCCCUGUAAUGGCAUGGCCAGGAAGCCCAGCAGAGCUUAUAAGAUCUAACCCUUAUGGCCAGGUGCAGUGGCUCACGUAUGUAAUCCCAGCACUUUGGGAAGCCAAGGAGGGAGGAUCACUUGAACUCAGGAAUUCAAGACCAGCCUGGGCUACAUAGUGAGACCACAUCUCUACUAGAACUUAAAAAAAGUUAGCCGGGCACGGUGAUAAAUGCCUGUAGUCCCAGCCACUGAAGCCAGAGGAUCGAUUGAACCAGGGAGAUCAUGGUCACAGUGAACUAUGAUUACGCCAACCUGGGUCACAUAGCAAGACUCUGUUUCAAAAAAAAGGGGGGGCGGGGGCGGGGGGGCGGACGGGUGCAGUGGCUCACAUCUGUAACCCCAGCACUUUGGGAGGCUGAGAUGGGCGGAUCACUUGAGGUCAGGAGUUCGAGACCAGCCUGGCCAACAUGGUGAAACCCCAUAUCCAUUAAAAAUAUUUAAAAAUUAGCCAGACAUGGUGGCACGCGUCUGUGGUCCUAGCUACUCGGGAGGCUGAGGCAGGAGAAUCGCUUGAACUCGGGAGGCAGAGGUUGUCAUGAGCUGAGCUAACACCACGGCACUUCAGCCUGGGUGACAGAAUGAGACUCUGUGUCAAAAAAAAGAAAAAAAGAAAAAAAAAAUCUAAGGGCUCAGGAACCAGUUUGGACUUGAUUUUGAAUCCCAGUUCAUCCCCUUCCUAGCUGUAUGACCUUGAUUGUGUGCCUUAACCGCUCUGUGACACAGUCUACCUGUCUGCAAAAUGGGAAACAUAAUACCUGCCAUCAGGAUUGUUGAGGAGUAAAUAAAUGGCAAUUGGUGGA